ACACAAACAGCAGUGCCACAGAUGCCCCACAGUACUGCUAGAGCCCCACGCCGGCCAGGAAUCUGUCCGAGCCUGUGGACACCCUCCUCUCUCCCCGCAGCGGGACUCGCAGGGGUCACGAACUCCCCAACUGUUGCUGGGAGUCGGAGGCGGCCUGCUGGCCCCUGGCGGGCGCGCCCCCGUUGAGGCUUAGCGUCCCCAUCUGUAAAAUGGGGACAGCUGUGUGUCUGUGGAGAUCUAAGGAGUCCUGCCAGGCUGAGAACCCUCGAUCCUGCUGUUUGAAUUCCAGAGUCGCGGCGGACAGCACGGCGCUGCGGCCUCAGCAUGGUGGCGCGUGGAGGUAAAGCGAAAAAGGGGACGCCCCGCGCCUCUUUUCCAUCCUGGAUAGGGGUUGGGGGUGGUGCCUGGCGCGGAGGCGGUGCGCUCGGGGGCGGCGACGACCCUCCAGCGCCACCGCGUGGCUGGACGGGGCUUGGGCCGCCCGCCCAGAAGAGACGAGGGAGCCGCAGCCUCGCCACUGCCACGAAACCAGAACCACGACGACUGCAAGUAUUUAUGAAGGUAGCAGCCACGAACGCCGGCGCUGGGUGAACUGGGGUAAUAUGAGCCUGAGAAAGUCUGUUCUCCAGUACCUGCUGCUGAUCUGUUUCAGCCAACAAGAAACACCAUGAAAUUGGAAUUCACCGAGAAAAACUACAACAGCUUCGUGCUGCAGAACCUGAAUAGACAGAGGAAACGCAAAGAGUACUGGGACAUGGCCCUGAGCGUGGACCACCACGUCUUCUUCGCACAUCGCAACGUGCUGGCUGCUGUCUCCCCGCUAGUGAGGAGCCUCAUCUCCAGCAAUGACAUGAAGACCACCGAUGAGCUCUUCAUCACCAUUGACUCUAGUUACCUGAGCCCAGUCACAGUGGACCAGCUCCUGGACUACUUCUAUAGUGGCAAGGUGGUGAUCUCUGAGCAAAACGUGGAGGAGCUGCUUCGUGCGGCUCAGUAUUUCAACACACCACGCCUUCGAAUUCACUGUAAUGACUUCCUUAUUAAGUCCAUCCGCCGUGCCAACUGCUUGCGCUACCUAUUCUUGGCCGAGCUAUUUGAGCUCAAAGAGGUAUCAGACUUAGCUUACUCUGGCAUUCGUGACAACUUCCACUACUGGGCCAGUCCUGAGGGCUCCAUGCACUUCAUGCGCUGUCCCCCUGUUAUCUUUGGCCGCCUGCUCCGUGAUGAAAACCUUCACGUACUCAAUGAGGACCAGGCUCUCAGCGCACUCAUCAAUUGGGUAUAUUUCCGGAAGGAGGAACGGGAGAAGUAUUUCAAGAAGUUCUUCAAUUACAUCAGUCUCAAUGCUGUCUCCAACAAGACAUUGGUGUUUGCCAGCAACAAGCUGAUGGGCAUGGAGAACACCUCAUCCCAUGCAACACUGAUUGAGAGUGUCCUGAUGGACCGUAAGCAGGAGCGGCCAUGCAGCCUGCUGGUCUACCAGCGGAAAGGGGCCCUGCUCGAUUCAGUGGUCAUCCUCGGUGGCCAGAAGGCCCAUGGCCAGUUCAACGAUGGAGUGUUUGCCUAUAUCAUCCAGGAGAACCUGUGGAUAAAGCUCUCUGACAUGCCUUAUCGGGCGGCAGCACUUAGUGCCACCUCUGCUGGUCGCUACAUCUACAUCUCUGGUGGCACCACUGAGCAGAUUUCAGGGCUGAAGACGGCCUGGCGGUAUGACAUGGAUGACAACUCCUGGACCAAGUUGCCCGACCUGCCCAUCGGGCUUGUCUUCCACACCAUGGUGACCUGCGGGGGGACAGUGUAUUCAGUGGGCGGGAGCAUUGCCCCAAGGCGGUAUGUCUCCAACAUAUAUCGCUAUGAUGAGCGGAAGGAAGUCUGGUGCCUGGCAGGGAAGAUGAGCAUCCCCAUGGAUGGCACCGCCGUGAUCACGAAAGGCGACCGGCAUCUGUACAUUGUCACUGGACGGUGCUUGGUGAAAGGUUAUAUCUCCCGGGUCGGGGUAGUGGACUGCUUUGACACCAACACCGGGGAUGUGGUCCAGUGUAUCACUUUCCCCAUUGAGUUCAACCACCGGCCCCUGCUCUCUUUCCAACAAGACAACAUCCUCUGCGUGCACAGCCACCGGCAGAGCGUGGAAAUCAAUCUGCAGAAGGUAAAGGCCAGCAAGACAACCACCUCAGUGCCUCUCUUGCCCAACAACUGCCCUUUGGAUGUGUCCCAUGCUAUAUGCUCCAUUGGAGACAACAAGGUGUUUGUAUGUGGGGGUGUCACCACCGCCAGCGACGUCCAGACAAAGGACUACACCAUCAAUCCAAAUGCCUUCUUGCUGGACCAAAAGACAGGCGAGUGGAAGACCCUGGCUCCCCCACCAGAGGCACUGGACUGUCCUGCCUGCUGUCUAGCCAAGCUACCUUGCAAGAUUCUUCAAAGAAUUUAAACAACAUUUUAAGUGGGAGAAUAAGUAAAUGCAUUAUUAUUCACAAUUUAAUGAGAAAGAGAGGAA